CCCUCCGCACUACCGAAGCGCGGUAUCUGGGGAGGAAGUGAAAAGGCGGCGCAGACCACGUUACCCCGCUGCUGCUGUGUGUGAGUGAGUGUUGGAGGCUUAAGGACAGAAGUUUGAAGAAUACAGCGGGUUUAAGCGCUUUAUUUCGGGAGGGAUGUCUGGCGGUGUGAUCCGAGGCCCGGCUGGCAGCAACGACUGCCGGAUUUACGUGGGGAACCUCCCGCCCGAUAUCCGCACGAAGGACGUGGAGGACGUGUUCUAUAAGUACGGGGCGAUCCGGGAUAUCGACCUGAAGAACCGGAGAGGCGGACCGCCCUUUGCCUUUGUCGAGUUCGAGGACCCCAGAGAUGCAGAGGAUGCUGUGUAUGCACGGGACGGCUAUGAUUACGAUGGGUACAGACUUCGAGUGGAAUUCCCGAGAAGCGGCCGUGGAAUGGGGCGAGGAGGUUUUGGUGGCGGCGGUGGCGGUGGUGGAGCUGGUGGAGCACCAAGGGGCAGAUAUGGACCUCCAUCCAGACGUUCUGAAUACAGAGUAAUUGUUUCAGGCCUACCACCAAGCGGCAGCUGGCAGGAUCUGAAGGAUCACAUGCGUGAAGCAGGUGAUGUAUGUUAUGCUGACGUUUUCCGAGAUGGAACUGGUGUGGUGGAGUUUGUGCGCAAAGAAGACAUGACCUACGCUGUUCGAAAGCUGGAUAACACUAAGUUCCGCUCACACGAGGGGGAAACUGCAUACAUUCGAGUGAAAAUGGAUGGUCCACGCAGCCCAAGCUAUGGAAGAUCAAGGUCCAGGAGCCGCAGUCGCAGCCGGAGUCGCAGUAGAAGCAACAACCGUAGCCGCAGCUACUCGCCGCGGCGUGGCCGAGGGUCUCCUCAGUACUCUCCUCGCCACAGCCGCUCUCGCUCUCGGUCCUAAGCCUUCUGCUGUCACCACCUAUGUGGUGCUUUUUUGUUUUUGUUUCCUGAUGACCUCCCCCUCUAUUUUUGUUUUUUUGAUUGUUUUUUUCCACCCAUUUUUUUAAAAAACAUCUCAUCUUGUACUAGUUUUAGUUUUUCGCCCUCAUUUUCCUGACAGUUGGUCUUCUAAGCAUUGUCUGUCCUCCACACCCACUUCUCACUCCUCUCACCUUUCUCAUCAUCCACCCCAACCCCACUCCCCCUCCCCCCAAACCCAUCUUUAUUCUUUUAAUAAUGUGUUUUUAAUGGACUGCUCACACCCUUCCCUUCUCACCUUUUUCUUUGUUCCCUUUUUUUGAGUAUGAAAUGGAACUCUCAUUGACCAAACAAAGGUUGCAUAAAGCAUCUGGAUAUUUUUGUAAAUGUCAUGUACUGUCUUUCAUGAGAGUGGGUUCACAAGAAAUGUAUUUUACCCUUUUGUCUUCCUAUAGUCGUUCUGACGAGAAGGAUCAACUGAUGCUUUUUGUAAUAAAGGAUUCCUGAAUCCAGUUGUGUCAAGUUGCAGGUUUAAGUGUGUAAAGCGAGAGGUCCUCCAUGAGUAUUAGUUAUAAUAACACGUCUUUACCAGCAACUUUCUUAAAGUGGCAUUACACCUUCUUUAGUCCUCCUCCUAAGUCAGUGUAGAAGUAGGCAAGUGAAGCACUUGUAGCUGUGUUUACAGUCCAGAUAUUAUGUUCUCUAUUCUUGUACCUGCUAUACAGAUUGCCUUUGUAGCAAGUCGGGCUGCAGGCUGGAGGUGUACGCACUUAAGGUCUGGACAGCCUCUGAUGGUAGAUGUGGAGCAUGGAUUUCUAAUAAUAGUAAACCAGGAUCGUUUUUCCUAAUCUACACUAGAAUGCCAUAUGCAUGUAUUAUACAAAGUUUUUUCAAACCAAAAGUGUUUCUAACUCUCACCUCUUUCUUGAUUUUUGCUGGUAUUAAGGUUUGGAUUGGAGGAGAGGCUCAGUGGAUGCCGGCUCAUUGGGAUCAGUUCAUAAUGAAGAUAGAAUAGGGAAUGCUGGAUACAUGGAGCAGGAUCAAAUUCUCCAGGAUCAUAGGAAUUAAGAUCAAGCAGUUUCAAGUUUUACGAAAAAAAGGAAAGAGGCCCCCCCCCCCCCCCCCUUUUUUUUUCCUCCCAUUUGGAACUUUUACCAACAUUUUGGCCAUUUUGAUAUUUUCACUCACAUUGGAGGAACAGAUGCUGGAGCAAUCUUUUGGGAUGGAAUCAACAGGAGCAGUCUGGUAAAUUUGAGGGGGAAAACUUGGGAUUAGGGGUAAAACUCAGGCGAUUUUAGAUUCUCACUGCCCCCUUGGUGGGGGCGGUCAGAUGCUUUUACAUCACUAGCUUUUUAUUUGGUUAUUUUUUUAGUAAACAGUUGCCUCAAUAAAAAUACGUUACUAAAAA